UCAUACAGUGGGAAUUCCGAUUACAACCAAUACUACGACGCUAAGAUGUUAUCGGCGUGCCACUUGUACUUAAAUACAAUCUAACUAUAUACCCGGUUUAUAUAUAACUGCAAAAUGCACAUUCAAAAUCUGUGCUUAUUUGUAUUUACAUCCAACUCGAGUUAGAUUGAUCACAAUCCACAACCUUAAAUUUUUAGUAUUUUUCCAAUCAUAAAAUUUAUUUUCCGUCUCAAUUCCAUUUACGAAAAUGGAAACAUAUUUAAAUUUCCUACUACUCGUCGUGUCGAUAUGCACAAGAUCCGUGGCUUCCUUUGAAUUGGAUCCCACAUGGCCAGACACGGCCGUGAAAGAGAUGAAAGUUUACGGAACUGGAAUCGUCCUAAAUUCCGAGGGCAAUUUAAUCGUGAUCCACAGAAGUGGCAUCAUGCAGCCGGGAGCACCUGUAAAUCAGACGAUUCAAGAAGACGUUGUCCUAGUCGUGGACUCCGUGACGGGGAAAAUACUGCAAACUUGGGGGAAAAACUUAUUCCAUUGGCCACACGGUAUCGCGGUUACAGGAGAGGGGGAUAUUUUCGUUACGGACGCGAUUCUUCAUCAAAUUUUUAAGUUUAAAUACGACCCCAUAACGAAAGUAUGGAACGACUCCGCCAUUCUCACCAUCGGAGAACGGUUUAUCUCAGGAAGUGACACCACCCACUUCUGCACCCCAUCCGACAUUGCCCUUGUUCCUGGAAGUGGAGAUUUCUACGUGGCCGAUGGUUACUGCAACAGCCGAAUUGUCACGUUUGACAAGAAUGGGAAUUAUUUAUUUGAAUUCUCCGCCGGGUCUGCCGACACCCCAAACCCUAUUCCCUUCAACAUCACGCAUUCCGUUGCACUCGCGCCAAGUUCAAACUCAACCGAAUAUUUAGUCUUUGUAGCUGACAGGGACAAUUCCAGAGUCCAAGUUUUUAAUCCCACCGGCUCAUUUUUGUAUGAAUUGAAUUCCCAACAGUUUGGCGCUGCCGGGAUGCCGAUGAUGUUUGCGGUGACGCAUGCACCCCACGCAGGCGAUAAGUUUGGCCGGAUUUAUGUGACAUAUGGGCUAAAUCAAAACGCUAACUUUGCCGAGGUUGACAUAAUAAAUGGCGAAAAUUCUAAAGUGGGCAAGUCAUAUGCAAUAGUUCCUGAUGGAGAAAUUGGCGAUUGGUACGAAGCUGCGCACGAUAUUGCCGUGGCGAAGGAUGGAAACACCGUCUUCGUUGCGGUGUCAAGGGCAGAUAGAUUAAUCCUCAGAAAGUACAAGCGGAAUAUGGGAGGAGGAAGUGGUCGCAGGAUGGGUGGAAGCGUAUUAAUUUUAUUGUUGACUUUUGUACUGGUAAAAUGGAAUUAAAGUCAUUAAACAAA